UUACCUUAUUUUGAAAGUUAGAAAUGACACCAUCAUCGAUCAUUGACACAACUUUAUAGAACCCUCUCGAAGCACCUCGAAACUGCUGGAGACAUGGAGCAAAACUAUAGACGGUAUAAGGCUUCAGCAUGAUCCCUAAACUACACAAGUAACUUACUGAAAUCCAUGUGUCAAUCGCCGGAUGUUGCGCUACUUGUUUAACAGUCCAAACACCGUUGAUGGAAUUUUAUUAGAUUUACUGGAGACAUGGAGCAAAACUAUAGACGGUAUAGGUCUUCAGCAUGAUCCCUAAACGAACUGUAUUGAAAACUCAGAAGUGGUUAUGAAGAUUAGUUUUAUUCUUUACUUUGAGAACCCCUCUAAGCAAUAACAUCUGGGCUUCCCACUGCUCCCUGCCCAGUUAAGCCCCCUUUCUUCUUUCCUUCUGGUUUGUUAUUUUGAUAUAUCGCAGCGCAACAUCCGGCGAUUGACACAUGGAUUUCAGUAAGUUACUUGUGUAGUUUAGGGAUCAUGCUGAAGCCUUAUACCGUCUAUAGUUUUGCUCCAUGUCUCCAGCAGUUUCGAGGUGCUUCGAGAGGGUUCUAUAAAGUUGUGUCAAUGAUCGAGGAUGGUGUCAUUUCUAACUUUCAAAAUAAGGUAGGCUAAGUAAACGCGUAGACCCACUUAUUACUGAGUCCCUCAUGUGGGAUUAAUUUUAUUUUGAAAUACAAACAGGAAGCGCUACAUUUUAUGUAUUGUGACUUGAUUCAUUUGUGUACGAAACGUCUGGAAAGAGCGAGACUGUCACUUCCCACAGAUAAUAAGCGGCAGUUUCGCGAGCUGAGACAGUUUGAGAAAUCAACGAGAGAACAGCGCAGGCUUACGAGAGGACAAAGAGGACCAGCUCUCACCAAAACACAGAACACUCAGCUUCCAACUGUAAGUUUGACCAUCCCUCAUGAUUUGAAAAAUGUUCUUAUUUAAGAUGCUUUAUUGCUCUGAACGUGUCAGAAAGUUAUUAUAACUAAUGUCAGUGAUUAAGUUGUUUUGGAUCAAAAUGUGGAGCACAUUCUAGGUGUCCGAUGUUAUUUUCUAAAUACUCAAACUGACAACGUCUUCACACAAAUGAUAGCAAAACAGAUUUAAGUAUGAGAGUACAAUUAAUGCUGAUGUAAAUGGUGUAAUGUGCCAAUCUGCUUGUUUCACAGGAUACCUUCUCAAGUAAACAUGUCUUCAGCUAAAGGUGUAGCAAUUGGCAUUGACCUGGGCACCACCUAUUCCUGUGUGGGGGUUUUUCAGCAUGGAAAAGUAGAGAUCAUUGCCAAUGACCAGGGCAACAGGACUACCCCCAGCUAUGUGGCCUUCACAGACACCGAGAGGCUCAUUGGGGAUGCAGCCAAAAACCAGGUGGCUCUGAACCCCAGCAACACAGUUUUUGAUGCCAAGAGACUGAUUGGAAGGAAGAUGGAUGAUCCGGUAGUGCAGGCUGACAUGAAACACUGGCCUUUCAAGGUGAUCGGAGAUGGAGGGAAGCCCAAAAUUCAGGUGGAAUACAAAGGGCAGGACAAAGCGUUCUACCCUGAGGAGAUUUCCUCCAUGGUCCUGGUGAAGAUGAGGGAGAUUGCUGAGGCCUACCUUGGUCAAAAAGUGUCCAAUGCAGUGAUCACAGUCCCAGCCUACUUUAAUGACUCCCAACGGCAGGCCACCAAAGAUGCGAGCGUCAUUGCGGGACUGAACGUCCUGAGGAUCAUCAAUGAGCCCACAGCAGCUGCCAUUGCCUACGGUCUGGACAAAGGCAAGUCAGGAGAGCGCAAUGUCCUGAUCUUUGAUCUGGGUGGAGGCACCUUUGACGUGUCCGUCCUGACCAUCGAAGACGGUAUCUUUGAGGUGAAAGCAACAGCCGGAGACACCCACCUAGGUGGAGAAGACUUUGACAACCGCAUGGUCAACCACUUUGUGGAGGAGUUCAAGAGGAAACACAAGAAAGACAUCAGCCAGAACAAGAGAGCCUUGAGGAGGCUGCGCACAGCUUGUGAGAGGGCCAAGAGAACCCUGUCCUCCAGCUCGCAGGCCAGCAUUGAGAUUGACUCUCUGUUUGAGGGCAUCGACUUCUAUACCUCCAUCACCAGGGCUCGCUUUGAGGAGCUGUGUUCUGACCUGUUCAGGGGAACCUUAGAGCCAUUGGAGAAAGCCCUGAGGGACGCCAAAAUGGACAAGGCACAGAUCCAGGACAUCGUCCUGGUGGGAGGCUCCACCCGCAUCCCCAAAAUCCAGAAACUGCUGCAGGAUUUCUUUAAUGGCAGGGAGCUGAACAAGAGCAUCAACCCGGAUGAGGCAGUGGCUUACGGUGCUGCUGUCCAGGCCGCCAUCCUCACAGGUGAUACCUCAGGGAAGGUUCAGGACCUGCUGCUGCUGGAUGUGGCUCCACUGUCCUUGGGUAUUGAGACAGCUGGAGGAGUCAUGACAGCUCUGAUUAAACGAAACACCACCAUCCCUAUCAAACAAACCCAGGUGUUCAGCACUUACUCUGACAACCAGUUGGGGGUCCUCAUCCAGGUCUUCGAAGGGGAAAGAGCCAUGACCAAGGACAACAACCUGCUGGGCAGGUUUGAGCUAACUGGAAUCCCACCUGCUCCACGCGGGGUCCCACAGAUUGCGGUCACCUUUGACGUGGAUGCAAAUGGGAUACUGAACGUGUCAGCAGUGGACAAAAGCACGGGCAAAGAGAACAAGAUCACCAUCACCAACGACAAGGGCCGACUGAGCAAAGAAGAGAUUGAGAGAAUGGUGCAGGAUGCAGACAAAUACAAAGCUGAGGACGACCAGCAGAGGGACAAAAUCUUUGCAAAGAACUCCCUGGAGUCGUAUGCCUUCAACAUAAGGAGCAGCGUGCAGGAGGAGAACCUGAAGAGCAAAAUCAGUGAGGAGGACAAGAAGAAGCUGAUUCAGAAGUGUGACGAGACCAUUACCUGGCUAGAGAACAACCAGCUGGCUGAGAAAGAGGAGUACCAACACCAGCAGAAGGAGCUGGAGAAAGUGUGUAACCCCAUCAUUAGUAAGCUGUAUCAGGGGGGAACCCCUGCAAGUAGCUGCAGAGAGGAAGCAAGAGCUGGUUCCCAGGGACCCUCAGUUGAGGAGGUGGACUAAAGUGGACUCUGUUAUGGACUCUGGUUUCUUUAACUUAUAAAUAUGUUAAUAGAUUUCAUGUUGGCAUUGUUUCAACAUUAACAAUGUCAAGGCAGAAAAUAACUCUUAAAUGGUUUUCCUGGAUAUUUGUAUAUAGUUGCAUUGCUGGAAAGUGCAAUAAAGAUGUUAGUAAAUACAUCCUAACUCCU